UUAUAUUAUACUUAAUAUAUGUUAAUUAAGUAUGAUUUAAGCAAAUGAAAAAAAGUUCCCCGCUUGUGUUUCUCUGUCUCUCUCCCUCUUGUGUUUUUAUUUUCCCAUCUCUCCUACUUCCCCUCUUUGUCUUUCUUUCCACCUCUCCUUCCUUCCGCUCUGUCUGUCCAUAAUGAGCGUCCGGUAAGGAGGUAUAAGGGCCUGUACUUCUGACAAACAGCUCCUUCCAUGCUGGCCAUUAUUUUAAAAUGACUACCUAAUGAAGUUCCACCUGGGUAACGAGACCAGGUGUAUGAAAAUGCAUUUUGAUCGUCUCACAAAGAGGAGCACGUCCAGUACUUUGGCCAUCAAUCAGACCGGUUCUGCUUCUAUGACUAAGGUGUUCAUUGAUGUUGAAAUAUAGGUGUGGGUAUAAGUGUAGGUGUUGAAACGGUACAUUUUGAAUGAGGCUUUUUUUGGGGCAUAUUUAUUUAUUUGAUUGGCCAAUAGAUAGCUAAAGAAACCAUUUACAAAGUGAAGUGUAAACGGUACGUCAUAGUUGUCACAUAGAGAAGACCGCAUUUUUGUGUGUGCAUGUUUUCUGUUGUGUGUGUGUCUAUGUGUUUGUUUGCUGAGAGUGAUUUGUCGUAUUUGACAUGUGUCUAAAGGGACUCUUCAAUUUUAACGAGACCAAUGCAUUGCUUCUCCCUGCUUCCCCGUAUUCCAAGGUGUGCGUAGGCAGUAGACAGAAUUAAUGCUACAAACACCACUCUUGUGUAUUCUGUAUUCUGUGUACCGUUUGAGUCAAGCCCUUUAGCCCCUAUGUCGUCCACCUGAUAUUCCACCACGGGGAAUGAGGACUUCCGGGGUUAUGGACUCAACGUGUGUGCUGCUAUUAGAUUAAAACACUUUUUAGAUUUCCCAAGACAUCAUUAUGGUCUGUGAGGUACAAGCCAGGCUUCCUCUCUCUCUCUCUAGCUCUCUCUCUCCUCUCUCUCUCUCGUUCUCUGAUUCCUCCUGUCUCUAUAUUAAGAAUUGUACCAAACAGGACAUCCAUCCAGCGGUGUUGUUUAUGAUGUUUCAGGUCUGUUUUUAAAGGAGACAAUGAGAUGUAGCCUUUUUUUUAAAUCUCAUACCAUCUACCACCCCUACCCUCCCUACAUCAUCCCUACCCCCUGUCAGAAGCAGGAGUAUAUAAGCAGGCAAACUCUGACUCCCUUUAUUGUGGGCUGUACAUACCCCUGGGCACACACACUCACACUUGAGAGUACUUAACCUCUCCACCAUACACACACACACACGCACACAGUAAGCGCGGUUCACCUGUGGUACAUUACCUGAGUCUCAGCUGGAGCCCAGGGGACAGGAGACUCAGGUCACCACUGGAGUAGCUUCCAAACAUUCUCCACCACGCUGUAUGACAGAAGAGCUAUCCAGCCUGAAGUUAGAAAAAAAGCUGGAGACUUAGGUUCCCGACCACAACGUACUGGCGACAAGGCGCUGCUCAUCAACAAAAGCCAGUCGUGUGGGUUUAAGGAUGGCUGGUGUGGCUCCUCCCCCUGCCUCACGCCCUGCCCUCCUGCUGUUCACCCUUAUGGCCAUGACCCUGGUGACCUCCAGCUACCCUCAGCCACGCCUCCGACCCAUACACAGAGGUUCCUCUCCAAGUGAUCCAGGAGACUCCAACAAGAGGGAGGAGUGGGAGGUGCUCUACCCUUCCAUCUCGCUCCGUGAUUGGAGCAUGCAGAUGAUGUCAGCCCCGUACUUUGGUGAGGCCAAGAGCAAAGCAGAGCUCCUGGGGGAGCAGUGGCUCCCAGUGGUGGGCCGGUGGCAGAUGGACGAGGAUAUGGCCAAGGGCUGGCUGGGCGACUGGGCUCCGCAGGGCUCCAACAAUGAGGGGAAGAGGAACAGCGUGGUGGCGGAUGAUGUAGCGUUCAGAGAGAAGAGUAAGAUGCUCACAGCUAUGGAGAGACAGAAGUGGCUUAACUCCUACAUGCAGAAACUGUUGGUCGUCAAUUCCCAGUAAUAAGAUGACUGCUAAGCCUACGUAUAAAUGACGGAACCUGAUUUUAAAAAAAAAAAAGAACAAUAAUAACGUGCCCUGAUAAAAAAAAAAAAAAAGAAUAACGUACUAAUUACAAUUUGAAAACAAUUACUCAGAAUUUAAAAGUCAAUAAAGAUUUUUAUCAGACCUUUUGUGUGACGUUUGAUGAAGAAUGAACUCUGAAUAUGGAGCAUCAUGUUUAUAUGAUUGUUUUGAUCCAGUUGAAUUAUUGAUUGACGUAGUAAAUGCAUUGAGAUACUUCCAUUUACAUUUACAUUUAAGUCAUUUAGCAGACGCUCUUAUCCAGAGCGACUUACACUAAGAUGGCGCUGUUGGGAGGUGCUGUUGUACAGCUGAGGGUCUACCACAGGACUCUUUAUACAUUGUUAAUAUUAAUGAGUGUGAAAUAAAGCAAAUAAGUGAUCAUG